UCCGGCAGGUGAAGGUGGAGGCGCAUUCACAACAGCAGAUCGCACUAAACCUGCACCCAUGGACCUGAGCCAGCAGUCCGUGUUGACUUUCCUCAUAACAGAAGGAGGUAAAGUCACCAAAUCCGACCUGGUGCGGAAGUUCAAAGGUUCCGUUGACUCCGACGAUCCGGCAGAGAAGGACCGGAACCGGGAGCUUUUCAAGACCUUCGUCAACAACGUGGCCGUCGUGAAGGAGAUCGAAGGUGUCCGGUUUGUUGUCAUAAGGAAGAAAUAUGAACCUUUACUGGAAAGUUUCCGAGCGAAGGGGAAAUGUUCCGAGCAGACAGAGAAGAAUCAGGAUGAGUGUGUGGCAGGUGAGCAGCAGAACCUGCAGGGGAAGAGUCCUCCUGCAGGGGUCCCAGCAGCUGGUGGGCUUCAGGACCAGACAGACGGGAAGCCCUCAGAGGGACUGUCCCCAAUAGAGCUGGCCCUACAGAGGAGCAAUUCUGACUUUAAAGUGAAAAGAAUGCUGAAUUUUGAGGUCCAGAAUCAGAACACAGGUGGGGUAGACUUCUCUAAAGGUCCAAAAGAGUCCACCUCAGUCCAGAACAAACCCCACGCUUUGCCCCUGAGAAUGCCCCCCACUGCCACCAGAGUGGAGAUCACCAAACUCAAGGGGGCCUUGGAUCCAGAAAGUCCAACACUAGAUGAUUUCAGUAUGAAGAAGAAGGCGCUGUCGCUUGUGAAGAGCACCAGUAGGACGUCUGAGGAGUCCAAAGAGUCCAGGGUCCCCUCUGUGGUCCCCCUGGAUCAGUGGGAGCACGAGUGGCUGGUGAAGUGCGCGGCCGGACACUGGAGCCAGGUUUACGGCCUUCUGCUGAGAGACCACCAGCUGGCCGACAAGAAGGACUUCAUGUCAGGGUUCACGGCUCUGCACUGGGCCGCCAAAUGUGGAAACAGCGACAUGGUCACAAAGAUCAUCGACAUAUCCAAGCAAGGUGGGGUCGACGUUGAUGUUAACGCCAGAACGCACGGGGGUUACACUCCUUUGCACAUCGCCGCCUUGCACGAUCAGCAGUACGUCUUGGCCAUGCUGGUGGGGGAGUACGGAGCCGACCCCAGCAUCAGAGACAACUGUGGGAAGAGGGCGUACCACUAUCUGCACAAAGGCAUGUCCCAGACCAUCCGAGACAUGCUAGGGGAGCCCAGAGUCCAGAACCAGGGUCAAGGGCUGAGGACCACCCCGCAUGAGAAGGAGGAGCUGGAUCGAGAGCUGUUCCUAGAUCUGUCCAAGGGCCUGCAUACAAUAAGUCGUCUCUUCCAGCCCAACAUGACGGGCCAGAAGAAGAAGCACAAGCAGAGGCCCGCCUUUUACUCCAUGAGCGACGAACAGGCCGAAGAGCGCGAGGACGCCGGCGGCCUCCGACACAGACUGGUUUCUGAUGUCUUUAUGUAAAAUCACAGGUGUUUGUUAUUUGUUUUCUUCUUUCUUCUUCUUCUGCUUUUAAUGGUGGUUGAACUGCUCAUUUAUUUUACUGGAGUUAAUAGACUUUAUUCACACAGCAGCCAUUUUCCUCUGACGUCACUCAAAGGUCAGAAGCACAAGUACAGGUGGCAAAAGAUAACACUGGGUUACAAAAAAAUGUUUUUUGCAAGUUGUCUAGGUUUUUUCAACCGAAUUAGGACCAUUUUGCACCGCUAAAUCCCAAAAUGACAUCUGUU